AUGGUUUUACGAUGGACAAUGAUUGCACGGCGAGGUCUCGCAACGCCGAAACAAAAAUUGAAAGGCUACAAGUUUCCGGAGGUGAAAAAAGAGGAUUGUGAACAGGUACGUACAGACUACGCCGGUACAUUUGAGGCCCGAUUUCGUGAACUCCUUCUCCGGCGAAUUCGAAAAAAUUUGCCAGACGAAUUGAACAUUUAACGCCGAAAAACGGUUUCUCUUGCAGAAGUACAUUUCCGGUUGGGGACCGGGCGGCCAGAAGGUGAACACCGCCCAAAAUGCCGUUCAAUUGACGCAUUUGCCGACGGGAACUGUGCUCAAGGUACUCUUUUUUUCAAAAAGUGUGUAAAGAAUGUAUUUGCAGGUGCACGAAUCACGUCUGCUGCCGAAAAACAUUGAAAUCGCGUUCGAACGCAUGAAAUUCGUGCUCGAUCGACGAAUAAACGGAGAAAAUUGCUACGAGGAGCAGCUUAAAGUGAGGAAAACACAAUUUUACCUAAAAAAUUGGCUAAAUGCCAUGUAAAUUAAACAUUUUUUAAAUUCCAGAGGCUGCAACACGCGAAAGAGGAAAAAGCGAACAAGCGGCGGGAAGAGGCACGCAAAGAAAAGGAAAUGUUCAAAAAUUCACUAUAA